GUGGCUUUGUGCGUAGUCUUUGGCAUGGAGCUGCAGCUGCUCUUGCCUGACGUCAUUGCCUGGAAUGCUGCCAUCACAGCUUGCAAGAGAGGCUGCUGGGAGGGCGCGUUGGCCCUGCUCCCAGCAAUGAGCAAGCGGCAAAUCCAGCCAACGGUGGUCACUUUUGCGGCUGCCGUGGAGGCUGGAGAAGGCUUCUUUCUGAUGCAGACCACACGCGGUCUCUUGAAGGCUUGUGGUCAAGGCUUGCGUUGGAGCCAAGCUCUCGCGCUUCUUGAGGAGUCUCAACGUCAUGUGCGGCCAGAUCUGGUGCUUUUCAAUGCCACAGUGGCAGCAGCUGCACGAGGUGGCCGGUGGCACGCAGCGCUUGCAAUUUACACCGAGUCCCAGAGGUUCUUCGAGCCAGACAUCAUCAUGGUCAACACAGUUUUGGCCGCCUUGGCUCAGAGCUCGCGUUGGGAAGAGUGCUUGGACAUGCUAUCAACGAGGCCCAAGCCCGAUUCCAUUUCCUACAACACCGCAAUGAGUGCCUGCCUGCGGGCAAAUCGUUGGGAGUUUGUUUCAGAGCUCUGUGCGCAGAUGCAGCGAAGGAAGUUGCGCUUGCUUGACGGCACCUUCAACGCACUGAGCCGCGUGUUCGAGCAGAGCUCAUCCUGGGAGAGUUGCCUACAAUGUCUGGCAGAUGCCUCGAAUGCAGGGCUGCAGCUGAGCCAGCUCACGCUGUCCGUGGUUGUGUCCGCGUGCCAGAAGAGCGAGAAAUGGCAUCAAGUGCUACAACUUCUUCGAAGCAUGGAGGCUGCUGGAAUGGAUUCCGAUGAUGUCUUCCGAGCGGCGGGUAUGACCAGCCAUGUGGACAUGGGCGAUUUGACACAAGCAUUGGCUUGGUAUCGGGAACGCCCGCUCCGUGGAUCACGGCUAGGUGCUUGCAGAGCUGGAGCUGGAUGGCUUCCAGGCCGUCGGUUUGGAUACUUGGACCUACACGGCUUGCAGCCUGAGGAGGCGCGUUUGGCAGUUUCCUGCGCACUCUUGGACGCGGUCAUGCUGAAGCCUGGGACGUUGCCAUCCUGGGGCCUGAUAAUUGUCACUGGACGCGGAGCCCAUUCUGAAGGUGAAUCCGUUUUGCGACCGGCGGUGCUGCAUCUGCUGAAAGAACUCGGCAUGACCGCUGCGCUGGAUCCCUGCAACCAAGGCCGAGUCAUCAUUCCAGCCUGCGAGCUACUGACAUUCAUCUCCUGUGCACAACUCUCCGGCUGCAGCUCGCAAAAGUGCCAUGUUGGAGAUUGCUGGAGUCUGUGA